AUGUUCCUUUUGCGGCGCUACGUUGUAAGAAGACAGGACUUUAAAAUACUGUCUUUUAAACUUGGAUUACUUAGUGGUAGCAGCAGCCAGUGGUUGAGACCGCCCGAGGGAAAAGAAAAGAGGGGAGGGGGUGGGGAGAAGAGGCGGGACGAGGAAAAAAGGAGCAAACGGGCGGGAGGGAGGGAAGUGAAGAGGGGAGGGGAGGGAAGAAACGGGAGAGGCCACGUCACGGCUAUUGUGUCUUUCCCCCCCUUGCUUAUAAAGCCCGAUGCGCUCAGUUCCUCAGAGCGCCUGGGUCUGGAAUCAGACACUGCUUUAAUACUUGGAGCGCGCUCACCAAACGGAGCUGUUCGUAUAGUAUUGCAUCUCAUUGGGAGGGCCCAGAUCGACAGACAGAGCGGCCAUGCGGACAGCGAUAGCGGCAAAACUAUGUCUGGGGCUCCUGCUCCUGGCACUGCUGUUACCCGUACAGAUUUAUUCUCAAAAUGUAACCACAGCACCAAGUAUAAACAACACUUCAACGAGCACUACCAUUCUGGCAACAACUAAACAGUCACAAAACAAGACUACUUCUACUUCUUCUACUACUACUACUACUACUGCUGCUACUACUGCUACUACUGCUACUACAGGAAGUGGAAAUUCCCUGCAGUCAACUGCCAGCCUCUUCAUCUUCUCUCUCUCUGUUCUACAUCUUUACUGCUAAGAGACUCAGUCAAGCCAACAGCAAUGCUUCCCUAAUCCAUCUUCCUGAACCAUCUGAGAUGGCUACAUCUACUAGUCAGUGUGGCAAAGAAGGAAACAAAACCUACAGUCAAUGUCUUGGCCCCACCCACUCUAAUUUCACACCUUUAAAUUUAUUGACAUAUUGGUUCCAGGGAAGGUCUCAGGCUAAUUUCCCAUCUGCCGAAUACAUAAUUUGAGAAGGAUCUAUCUGUAUGAUUUCAUGGGACUAACUGAUGUUGGACUUUUUAGUUCAGUGUUUAAACCAGUUGGAACUUCGAACAGCAAGACUGAAAAGAGAUGGCAUCCAUUUAAUUCAAGAUUUAAAAUUCAAUAAAUAUGAACAACUAGAACUCUACUUUGGGAACAAAAGGGUAGAUUUUUGUCUUGAUCCAGAAAAGGGAAAAGGGUGUGGAAAAGAGACUUGGUUUUCACUUUGGUUCAUUAGCCAUAAAAUGAUUAAACAACUUCCAUGUUUCUGUUUAUAUGAAUGAUGGAAGAGGCAUUAUCAAGCUUUGGUAGUAAAUUCUCCAUGUGUUUCAGCAGUACUAAUUUAAUGCCUAUAUACUUUAGAUAAGUUUUAAAACAUUGAAGUAUCACUAUUCUCAUAAAAGAUAAAUUAUUUACUCUGGGGCUUUGGAUUUGACAUAGCAUUUAAAUUGCUAUAUUACAAAUGACAUGUGCCAGAGCAAUGAUGGAUUGGAACCUUUCCACAAUGAAAACAAAAUGAGUAAAAUUGGCUUUCAUAACAUUCUGUAGAAAACUAGACAUUCCCAUUACUUCCUCUCAUCUAACAAAAUGUUAGAUUUCAUUAGUUACCUUGCUUUCCUUAAUUCCAAAGACUUUUGAAGUACACGACCUCUUGAAUAACUUUCAAAUGUUUUAUUUCUGCAUAUGUCAAAUAGCUAACAGUUUUGAAAAUGAUCUGUUGUGAAGGUUGAUUAUUUCAAAAUCUCUAAGAGGCAAGCGUGUAAAAGCCAAACAACAAGGAAAAUUGAGUAUUUGGAAUGUAAGGACUAGGAGCUUAAUUGCAUCAUUAUAAGUUCAUAAGAUCUUUUAUACUAUUUCUGUAAAUACUUUUUUUUAAAAAAAAACCUUUGUGAAUCAAAGUAGCUUACAACUGAGACUUGUCAUUCAAUAUUUUUAGAUAUAGAAUAUGAUAUUAAGCCUAAAGUUGGCCUCAUUCAGGGAAGCAAAUAUUUCUGCUUUCCUGCUUUAAAACACACACACACAAAACUACUGCAAUGUUGAAAACUUCUAAAGAAAUCCUUUUUCUUUUUUCUUUCUGGUUCAUAUGGUCACACACUGUUGCUUAGAUUUGAGGUAUCCAAUAUGACUGUAUUAUCCUAACUUCAUAAAAAGCAAAGAAAGUUUGCUGUCCUUAAUAGUCAACCCAGAAACCUCCUCAUGCAAAAAGUGUCAUAAGCUACUGUGUGUGUGAAUGAACACUCCUUUAUGCUCUAUUUUGUAUGCUGUACUAUGUUUGGGGUUCCUGUAUAUUGUGUUUGUGUCCUUAUGCUUUGAUUCAUAGUAACUACUCUAAUGUUAUGGAAUUGAUUUGCAUUGAACACAAACUGUAAAUAAAAAGAAAUAAACCCAAAUUGAAAACUUGUA